UUGAGUACCGUUAAGCGAACAAUGUCUUUGACUUUACCUGUCUACCACUCAAUUGAUAUGUGUUGAGCUAAACGUUCUUGUUAAUCCCAAGAGUCGUCUGUCAUAGUUCGACUUGCUUGGGUGACUUCUAUCGCUCGUCAAUUUCUUAUCGCCAUUACUUAAUCCAGGAUAAUACCAAGUUUUGACUGCUGAUAUGUACAGCCGUAGACGAAUAAAUAAUUUUACUUAUGUUAGCCCCUGUGUAAAAUAUAUGAUUUUUAUGCUCAAUUUCGUCUUUUGGCUAUUUGGUGGCUUACUUAUUGGAGUUGGACUAUAUGCCUUUGUUGACAAGUGGCACAUGACUGGAUCUGUUAGAGUUGAAACCGUUUAUGAUAUUGUUCUCAAUAUUUCCCUUGUCAUGAUUAUUUCUGGUGCAGUAGUUUUUAUUGUCAGUUUUGCAGGAUGUGUUGGUGCAUUAAGAGAAAAUACCUGUCUAUUAAAGUUUUAUUCAAUGUGCCUGUUAAUUUUCUUUCUUUUGGAGAUGGGUGUGGCGGUUGUGGGCUUUGUGUUUCCUCAUUCAUUGCAAUCUCUUUUGGAAGAAUCUUUUACUGAUAAGAUAAUUCAAACCUAUCGCGAAGAUCCAGAUUUGCAAAACUUUAUUGACUUUGGUCAAAAAGAGUUCAAAUGCUGUGGCUUAAGUCAAGUAGGAUACUUAGAUUGGGGUAAAAAUGAAUAUUUUAACUGUUCCAGUCCUAGCAGUGAAGGUUGUGGUGUUCCAUUUUCCUGUUGCAUCAAUGCUACUAAUAUUGCAAGUGGACUGGUCAAUAAAAUGUGUGGAAAUGAGGUGCAAAAAACUCCCGUAUCAGAAGCCAGUAAGAAAGUUUGGACAAGUGGUUGUAUAGAAAUUAUCAGAGCUUGGGCUGAGCGUAAUUUAUACACAGUUGCUGGAAUUGCAUUGGGAAUCGCCUUGAGCCAACUGUUUGUCAUUUAUCUAGCCAAAACCUUAGAAGGUCAGAUAGAGUUGCAAAAAUCUAGAUGGCAUUCUUGAGCUUGACCUCAGGCUUCCUAUCGCUAUCGAAUCUCAUCUUCCAAUAGCAGACAGGUGGCCAGUAAUCGAAGUUUACACAAUCAAGAAAUUGAGGCUAGUGUAAAUGCAAGAAUGAUCCUACUCGUGCUCUUUGCUAUGUCACUAUACAUUUUUUGUAUUCUGUCACUAAUAAGACUUAUUCUCUACUUUAAAAAUCAUUUUUAUCAGCAUAUUUCGCGACAGAUUAAAUAAUCACCAAUUAAUAAAUAAUGAAAAUAUUUCGUCAACGAAUAUUACGAUCGACACACUAACUAUCUUCGUACUUGUUUUUACAAACCAAUUUUAUUGUACUUGAUUUAUAAAUGUAAUGAAAUAUGAAAUUGGUAUGAGCCAAUUUUUAUGACACUUCUAGUAUUUCUAUUCAAUACUUAUUUAAACUAGACUUUCGGAGUAUUUUUUAUACCGAUUAGAAAGUUGAUGCAAAUUAAUAAAAACGGUAGUAACAACUACUAUAAAAUUAUUAUGUGAUGCCCUGAUGCUGACAACCAAGAUUUCUCGCGCAAACGCACAACGAUUUCACUUUCUCCUCGAUAAAGCAGGCUCCGCCCACUCUAACAGUUUUAGUAUGGUAGAAUUAGCUAAAAAUCAUAACAAUAUCUCCAAAAUUCUGACUAGCUUGAA